ACCUGAAUGUAGCACAACACUUCAACUUGAAAAAUCAAACUUAACAUGGCAUUUUACAUUCGCAUCUCCAUGGAGUUAUUAACAUGGGUUACCUUAUUUUUCUGCGCUACAAUUUGUAUUGGCACUAGCAGCACACUUGUGGUUGGGGCAACACUUGAAGCUGAAGCUCUGCGGAAGAGUGGGUGGUGGAAUGCCUCCCUCAACAACGUUGCAGAUCAUUGUAGCUGGCCUGGUAUAACAGGCAACAGUGCUGGGAGCAUUAUUGAGAUUAAUCCACCUGAUUUUAGUGUGGGAGAGAAGUUUAGAAAAAUGAACUUUUCUUGCUUCUCCAAUAUUGUUCGCCUUGAUCUCAGCUGUCAAGAACUCUAUGGGAUCAUUCCACCUCAAAUUGGUGAUCUUAUAAGACUUGAGCACCUUAAUCUGUCCAAUAACCAUCUAACAGGUACAUUGCCUUCUUCACUUGGAAAUCUCACUCAAUUACGGGUGCUUGAUAUAUUUUUCAAUUAUAUGGACUCCAUCUCACUGAAAUUCGGGAAUUUGAAGAGUCUUAUUUCUUUGAACUUGACUGCAAACAACCCCAAUGCAUCAGUUGCUCCAAUUAUAGGUCUUCUGACCAAUCUUUCCCACUUGGAGUUGGCCUCAAAUCCUUUCCAUAGUAGUAUCCCUCCAGAAAUAUGGAACUUGAAGAAUCUUGUAGCCUUAGACAUGAGUGAUUGCAACCUCAUUGGUCCAAUCUCUUCCAAUAUCAGUCAUUUAACCAAUCUGGUUUCUUUGACUCUUGCAAACAAUCAAAUCAAUGGAUCCAUACCGUCAGAAAUGGGGAAUCUAAAGAGUUUGGUUUCUUUGAAUCUGUUUAGUAAUUUGCUUGUUGAUCUAGUACCGUCCUCUCUUGGACAAUUAAACAGCCUGACAUUUUUACGCCUCAGUUUGAAUUCAUUUAGUGGCUGCAUCCCUCCAGAAUUUGGGAAAUUAACGAACCUCACUUAUCUCAGCAUUAGUGGGUGUCAACUUGGUUGUCCACUCCCUCCAACUUUGGGUCACUUGAGAAAUUUGAGGUACUUGAAUCUUUAUAACAAUCAAACCAAUGGCUCCAUACCACCAGAGUUUGGAAAUUUAACGAAUCUCAUUUAUCUCAUCAUAAGGGGGUGUCAACUUGUUGGUCCACUCCCUCCAACGUUGGGUCACUUGAAAAUUUUGAGAUACUUGCUUCUUGGUGGUAAUAGUUUAGGGCGUACAAUCCCUUCAUCUUUGGGUCUCCUGUCCAAUUUGAGCCACCUGGACCUUCUUGGAAAUUCUUUUGAGGGCUCCAUCCCUCCAAACAUAGGAAAUCUACUUAAUUUGGAACUUCUGGUUCUUGGUGGCAAUAAUUUAACAGGUCAAAUCCCUUCAUCUCUUUCUCGUUUAUCCAAUUUGAAAAUUUUGAACCUUCGUUUGAAUUAUUUACAAGGUUCCAUUUCUUAUGCAAUCGGAAAUAUGACGAAUCUAGAAUAUUUAGAUCUUCGUGCUACCCAUUUCUCUGGUUCUAUUCCUUCCACUCUACUUCAUCUAACCAAUUUGGACUACUUGGAUCUUGAUUCAAAUCUUUUAGAAGGUUCAAUACCCAUAGAGAUAGGUCAUUUAAAACUUCUGCAAUAUUUGGAUCUUUCCCAAAACAGAUUGUCAGGGCCCAUCCCAACACAACUUGCGAAUUGCUCCAGUUUAAGGGAGGUGUCACUGAGCCACAAUUUCAUUAGUGGAGAGAUACCUUCACAACUGGGGGAUUUACUAUGGCUGAGAACCUUGAAUCUUAGUUACAAUAAUCUCUCAGGGCAAAUCCCAAAUAACUUGCAUUAUUUUCCGAAUAGCUCUUUCAUAGGCAACAAGGGAUUAGAGCGUCAUCUUACUUCCCCAAGCAACAAAGUGCUAAGAUAUAUUGAAAUUAUUCUUCCUAUCACCAUUUUUCUUGCCUUAGUAUCUCUGGCAUUGUUGUUGCUUUUUCAAAGAAUAAAUGAAUACCAAAGUUCGGUAGCAUAUUCAAGUCCAACGGAAAAUGGAGAUGUAUUCUCAAUAUGGAACUUUGAUGGGAAGGCUGCAUAUGAAGACAUCAUUGCAGCAACUGAAGACUUUGACAUUAGAUAUUGCAUUGGUACCGAUGGUUAUGGAAGUGUUUAUAGGGCACAGCUACCAAAUGGAAAAGUAGUUGCCUUAAAGAAACUUCAUAGGAGGGAAGCAGAGGAGCCAGCUUUUGACAAGAGUUUUAGAAAUGAGGUUAAGAUGUUGACAGAAAUACGACAUAGGAACAUUAUCAAGCUUCAUGGGUUCUGUUUGCAUAGACGGUGCAUGUUUUUGAUCUAUGAAUACAUGGAAAGGGGAAGCUUGUUUUGUGUCCUUAGAGAUGAUGCUGAAGCUGUGGAAUUGGAUUGGAUCAAAAGGGUGAAUAUCAUAAAAAACACAGUGCAUGCUUUGAGUUACCUUCACCAUGACUGCAUCCCACCCAUCCUUCAUCGAGACAUAUCAACAAACAACAUUUUGUUGAACUUAGAGUUGGAGGCCUUUGUUUCUGACUUUGGAAAUGCUAGGCUUUUGGAUCCUGAUUCAUCUAAUCGUACCAUACUUGCAAGCACCUAUGGUUAUAUUGCCCCAGAGCUUGCCUAUGCAAUUGUUGUGACUGAGAAAUGUGAUGUUUAUAGCUUUGGGGUUGUAGCAUUGGAAGUACUGAUGGGAAGGCAUCUUGGAGAAUUGCUAACAUUGUUAUCAAAACCAUAUUCUUUGCCAAAUGUGAUGCUAAAUGAUGUAUUAGACACACGUCUACCGCCUCCAAGAAGCACAACUAUUACCCAAAGUAUUGUUGUUGCUGUUAUGCUUGCAUUGGCUUGCUUGCGUGCAAAACCUGCUUCCAGACCAACAAUGAAAUAUGUGUCUCAACAAUUUGUUGCUUGCCAAAGACAACUUUCGAAGCCUUUUCCAACUAUUUCUCUGUUGGAACUUGUUAGUACUGAUUUGGGGAUGGAAAAUGGAAGAGAACCUCAUUCAGAAGUUUCAUGUCAUCCAAACAAGUUCCUUGGCUCUUCCUCAAAUUAGAUCCAAUAAAGUUUCCUUGUCUUUUUUUUUUUUUUUAAAUAAAUAUGUUUGUCUGUU